UCCGCUAAAACUUCACCCUUCCACUUUCUACCACCAUGGCUAGACGGUUGUAUCUUGGCAGACUUCCACCCGACACUCGUGCGGAGGAUGUCGCAAAAUUUUUCGACGGUUACGGUCGCAUCGUCGAUUGCAGGGUCAUGACUGGUUUCGGCUUCGUUGAAUUUGAGAGUUCAAAGGAUGCUGAGGAUGCUGUUCAUCACUUCAACGGCAAAUCGUUCAUGGGAGCGAAUAUUGUUGUGGAGUUUGCUAAAGAAGGCCGUCCCCGUAGGGAUCCCUACGAAAAUGAUCGCAACCAUGGCAGUGUUCGUUCUCGCAGACCCCCUGGCGUGCGGCUCAUUGUCUCAGGUAUAUCGCGCGAUACUAGCUGGCAGGAUUUGAAAGAUUUCGGGCGUGAGGCUGGCAGCGUCUCCUUCGCUGACAUUGACCGUGACCUCGCGGGCCAAGGGGUUCUGGAAUAUCUUUCGCGUGAUGAUGCCGACCGCGCCGUCAAGGAUUUGGACGGAAAGGAUCUCCGAGGAAGGCCUGUGCGGGUUGCGUACGACGAAUCGCGCGGCGGUGCUGACAAUUACAGGCGAGAUGAUCGUCGCGACGAUCGUUACAGGGAGGAACGUCACUACCGAGACGAAAGGUCCUCAUACAGACGGGAACGGUCAAAAUCACCUCCUCGCCGUGUUGAAGAUGAUCGUCGCCCCAGGUCUCCACCUCCGGGCAGGAGGGAUUAUGAUGAGAGAAAACCUGCAGGGUACGAUGAUUACCGGCGGGGAGGCUAUGAUGAUGAUCGCAGAGCCCCUGAUUAUUAUGACCGCCGCAGGGACGAUCUUGACAGGCGGCGCGAAGAACGCUCCAGGCGCGAUGAUAAGGACGAUCGGUACGACGAUAGGUCGGCGAGGCAUACCAAUGGCGAUGGCGGUUGGGUGCGUUGACAGGGGAAAUGGUCGUGUAGUCGU